AUGGCGAAUCGAACGGAUCCGAGGGCGCGAACGGUUCACGGCACGAACCCGCAGAAUCUGGUGGAGAAGAUUCUGCGCGCCAAGAUUUAUCAGAACAUCUACUGGAAGGAGCAGUGCUUCGGCCUCACAGCUGAAACCCUGGUCGACAAAGCUAUGGAUCUGGACCAUUUCGGAGGAACCUUUGGAGGAAAUCGCAAGCCGACACCGUUCAUGUGCCUCAUUCUCAAGAUGCUUCAGAUUCAACCCGAGAAGGAGAUUGUGGUUGAGUUUAUAAAGAAUUCAGAUUACAAGUACGUGCGGUUGCUGGGAGCGUUCUACCUGCGGCUGGUGGGGAAGCCAAUGGACGUGUACCAGUACCUGGAGCCAUUGUACAACGACUAUCGGAAAGUGCGGAGGAAACUGGAGAGUGGAAUGUUUGUGUUGUCGCAUGUGGACGAGUUCAUAGAGGAGCUUCUCACACUCGACUCCAGCUGCGACAUCGCCUUGCCUCGCAUACCUCGCAGAUGGACGUUGGAAGCAGCAGGGCAGUUGGAGCUGAGAAAGAGUGGGUUGGAUUAUGACGAGAUGGAGGAGGAAGAGGAAGAGGAGGAAGAGGAGCCAGAACCAGUUGCUGAUAAGCUUAGUAGAAGCUUCACCCAGUUGAAGACUAGCUUUUCAAAGAUUGACAAGUGCGAAGACCCUUCUCGCCAAAGCCAGUUGCUAGAAGAUGUCACACCUAAACUUAGGGAGUGCAGAAGGUUGAUUCAGGAAUUCGAGCGUGACAUGAAAGACCAAGAAGCUAAGAACUCACCGGAAGUGAACAAAUUGCUGCAGGAGAAGAAAAGGACCCUUGUGAAAGAUUUGAACGCCUUCGUCACUCUCAAAAAAACCUACCAGAGCGCUAUCCAGGAAGGCCAGAAGGUGAAGCUGAGCGAAGACGGAAGAACGGCUGAAGUUGUGGGAGCUCCCCGGCUAGCAUCUGCGAUGACAAAUGCUCAGCUGAUGGAGGAGGGAGAUCGUGUCAUGGGACAAAUGGACCAAUCUGUUUUAAGAUCUAAGCAGGUAGUUGAGAACACUAUCAACAUUGGGGCAGCAACAGCUACGACUUUGAAGGGACAGACGGAACAAAUGGAGCGAAUUGUUGAUAAGCUUGACAAUUUAGAAUUCUCCCUCAAGCGUACAACCAAGCUUGUGAAGGCAUUGGGUCGACAGAUGGCAACAGAUACUUGGCAAUGCUGGCGCUUGUUAUUCUUGGAGUGA